ACGCGGGGCCUGGCGGAAGGGCCGGGUGAGGCGGACAGACGGUGCCGCCGCCCCCCCGCAACCCCCCCGCCGCCGCCGCCGCUCCCGGACCGGCCCGGACCGGACCGGCCCUUCUAGCGCGGAGCGAUGGCGGCCUGCGGCAGCCUCAGCAUCCAGAUGCUGCUGGAGGCGGCAGAGUACCUGGAGCGGCGGGAGCGAGAGGCCGAGCACGGUUACGCCUCGCUGCUGCCCAGCGGUAAGGACGGGGAGGGCCUGCGGCGCCGCGCCAAGGCCCGGCGGAGCGGUGGAAGCAGCAGGUCAACACACAACGAGAUGGAGAAGAACAGGCGUGCCCAUCUGCGGUUGUGUUUGGAGAAGCUGAAAGGGCUGGUACCGCUCGGACCCGAAGCCGGCAGACACACCACCCUGAGUUUACUAACGAAAGCUAAAUUGCACAUCAAGAAGCUUGAAGACUACGACAGGAAAGCCGUACACCAAAUAGAACAGCUGCAGCGGGAGCAGCGGCACCUGAAAAGGCAGCUGGAGAAGCUGGGGAUAGAGAGGAUAAGGAUGGACAGUAUUGGAUCCACUGUGUCUUCGGAGCGCUCGGACUCGGAUAGAGAAGAGAUAGACGUGGACGUGGAGAGCACGGAUGACCUUCCUGCGGACCUCGACUGGAGCAGCAGCAGCCCGAGCGACUCGGACGAAAGAGGGAGCCUGCAGAGCGUCUGUAGCGAUGAGGGCUAUUCCAGCUCCAGCGUGAAGAGGUUGAAGUCGCAGAGCAAUCGCAAGCCUUCUCUCAGUCUAUAAGAAGCAACUCCCGUAGCCGUUUCACCCGUUGCUCUUUCCCCUUUGGAUCUCGUUAGGUAGCACACUGGACCGUCCCGCCAUUCUCUUGCACAUAAAAAAAGAUCUUAACGUACCCCUGACUGAAAUGAAGUUGAGCUUUGCCCAAGUCCCAAAACACCGCCAGGGCUGCGGGUGGCAAGCUGCUCCCCGGAGCGCACCUCUGCUCGCACGUGCUGGCUUCUCUUCCCGGCCAAAACUCCUCUCUGCGAGACCGUACAUUCCAGCCACAUUUUGAAGCGCCCGAGAAUAUCGCAGCAGGAACAGCAACCUCGAAAGCCUGUCCCUGGGUGUUUUUGGCUUGCUGUCGCUGCCCGGUAUUCCGGAUCUACUCCACAUCUGCCCAGCGACAUCGCAUACCUGAUAAUCAGCAGCAGGGCCCAAAUGUAGAGCUUUUGGGUAUGGAUUUGAAGGCAGAGCCGGCCUCUUGCGUAGUUUAGAUCCGGGAGAGAGCGGAGGCAAGUCGGCGAUCGGCACGCAGAGUAUUUCGGCUACGUCGUGUCUUGGACAGGCAGAGGGAUCGUACCGCCGGCCGCUGGCGCAGUAGUCGGAGGGCUCGUCUCCGCUGACUCUAAAUAUUCAGGGUGGCAGCAUAGCCAUAUACACCCCAGCCCAGCCCUGCUGCCUUCCCAGAGCUGGAGCCUUACUCGCAUGGGGAACACGGCUCGGGGGGGCUGCGGGGCUCGGCAGCCAUCGUCCCCCCUCUCGCAGAGCCUUGGGUCGGACGCCUUCGGUCUGGGAAGUUUUCUGUCCUACCUAAAACCAAACGGUCCCUGUCCCCGUCCCGUGUGAUGUCCCACCUCCUGCGUCGCGACUGCACAUCGCUGUUCUAGGCGAGGGCUCCUGGAAUUUUUUUUCAUGCUUCUUGUCUCUGGGACAAAUUUUUUCUACCUCGGAGAGAUGAACAAAGAUUAUCUCCAUCCCUUUAGCACAAAAAAAACAAAGAUGAUGCCUCAUUUGUUUUACAGAAGCGAUGCCCGGCCCCAUUCAAAUCCAUCGCGCGACAGUUUAGCAAUAACCCGACAGAGAGGGGCAGCAGGGCAGCCUCCGGCCGUCGGCGCCCAAGGGGACCCCACGGACCUUAACCGGCGCAUCCGAAGCACUUAGCCGGCCGGAGGGGAUCUUUCUGAGCACUCAAAGGGGCUCGCGAAGGAUUUUGGUUGCCGCCUUAGGGAGACAAACCCGAAGAUGCCAAGAAAGGGCCAGAGCCCUUCCCACCGCCCCGGCGGCGGGGGCGUCCCGACCUGAGAGCACACGGAAAUGUACAGAAAACACGCGAGCUAUAAAUAGUAUUUAUUCAUUUUUCUAUGUACUGGAGACAACAUUCUUACGACUUUCUGCUUUUAUAGAUGUUCGGGAAACUUUGAUAUGUAGAGGUCUGCUAACGGAGACGUUUCUUUUCCCCUUGAGCUGGUUGAAGGUCUUUUCCGCCGCCUCGGCAAACCUCUCGCUGGAUCCCCAUCGGCGCCCGGCGCCCGGCGAGGAGCCGCUUCGCUCUCCAAGGGCUUUUCUUAGCGGUGGGAGACAAAACCGGGCAUCCCCCGGCACUCGCAGUCCGUACAAAUCCCCUUCGAGAAAUGCAGUUUCCAAAACGCCGAAAGUCACCGAGACGCUCCGCAAAGUGCGAGUGAACGGACAAUACAAAACUCAAUUUGGGUUUUUUUUGUUUGUUUUUUAACAUCCUGAAGCUAUUUUUGGCUCAUUUGAAAUCUUGGAGAAGCAAGAGGAUGGGAGACAGGGCUAGCGGAUUGCUGAAAUCUCUGGAGUCUCAGCUCUUUUUGCGCAUGCUAGGUUUUGAAAGUGAGAAAAUCAAAGCCACGAGGCGUUUUUAAUUUUUUUUUUUUAAAGCAGAUGGAAUUUUUCCGACGUCUGGCAGAUUUGCACUGACCUGCAGCUUGGGUGCCCUCAGCAUCGGUACGGCCAAGUCCCAGCAGCCCCCCUUCGGCACACUCAAAACCUCUAUGCUUUCAAAAAGAGAGGGGAAAAAAAGAAAGAAGUGCAAAAAGAUGAAAAGCACGGGGGAAAAGAAAGUGGAAUAUCAGCACUCCGAGGCCAGUAGGCGUUUGCCGAGAGCCCUCCCUCACCCCCUUCCAGAAACCGCCUUGGGAAUCCCAACGGAGCCACGGCUCUUGCUACCCUUGAGCGGGGAAGGGCGGCGCCCGGCGUCGGGAAAGCGCCAUCGGAGUUCAGCGGGAGGUGGGAAACAUUUGGUUUUUGGUUGUCGUUUAGCUAGACCGAGUCGUAAGGUUUUGACUCGACGUAAAUUAGUAUUUUUUUUUUUUCAGUGUUGUGCCUUUUUGAGUUCCUUCUGUUGGUGAAACGCAGCGUGGGGGUUGCUUCUUCCCCCUCCCCCCUCCUUUUUUCUUUCUGUCCCAAACUAAUAAUUAUCAGACCUUUGCACUGUUGGGAUGUGCUCCUCUCCAGCCUGAGGGCGAAGAGAAACGGGAACCCUCCAAAACGAUGCACUAACCUGGAACGAGGCUGGAAAUCCGGCGGUUGAUUCCUGGCGAGUGGCCGGGACCGUUCUCCGGCGGCUUUCGGUUUCUCCGGGUCCCCCCACCCCCUCGUCGGCCGAGGCGCCCGGCGGCUGUGCCAGCCUUUUCCUGGAAUUCACUGAUCCACCAGCAUUCCCAAGAAAUAAGCUGCAGGAAGGACAUUUUUGUAGAUUGUGAUUUUAAAAAAAAAAAAAAAAAGGGGGCGGGAGGAGCCGCUCGCGCACCCCGCGUUUACAACGGAUCGUUGCACAGACAGGCGUGAGUUGAAAACACGCUUUUUUUGGGUUGGGUUUUUUCUUUAUUUCUUUCUCCUCGCAGAAGGCGGAUCCCGAACCGCCAUCCCGGGUGGUGAGAGGUGGGACCCACGUCCAGGCGGAGAACGGGGCUCUAUCCGAACCCCUCCGGAGCCGGUCGCCGCCCCGGCGCUUUGCUCCCUGACUCGUCCCCCGCCCGCGUAGCAAUAGGUUCGGGCAUCGCCUGCCUUUGUAGCAGGUUUCAGGUCUGGACGCUGCGCCCCGUUUUGCGGGAGGAAAGCUGGUGUAGCCGAGCUCCCCGCUUGCUCCCCGGGAAGCGUCACGUCCUCGUUCUGCCAUGGCACCAGCCGAAACCCACGAGGUUUGUUUCAUCCUUUUAAUUUACCCGGCGUAGCGGCGCGCGAGCCAUCCGAAACAUCCGAGCCAGAACCGUCUGGGCGUUGGGUUGGCUUUUCUUUUUUGACACAUUUAAUUUGCGCUUUUCCAUUAGUUUUUGGGGUUUUUUUACCUCUCUUAUUUCUUCUUUUUGCUUCCCAAGAAGCGAAACCACUCCGGCAUCAGCUUUAUUUUGGGCAGUUGAGAGCCGGGGAGCGGCAGAUGGGAGAAUAUAAAUUCUGUUUCCAGCUGUUCGGUUCCUGCUGUAAAUACCACGUUGUCAUUCUGAAUCCUGUGUCAAGACCAUCUAAUGGUGCUUUUUAUUACAGGUAGCACAUGCAUUUUUAGAAACUACGUGUUUUAGAUGAUCUUUGCUGUGUAUGUGGAUACUUCUGUAUUGUUCAACUGUUAGAAAAUAAAUUAUUUCAUUAUGAAAGA